UCCGAUCGUUGCGGCUUUUUAGCCGUUUUAUCUCAUUCGUUCGGUCAAUCCGAUCGUUGCGGCUUUUUAGCCGUUUUAUCUCAUUCGUUCGGUCUAUUCGAUCGUUGCGGUUUCUUAACCGUUUUAUCUCAUUCGUUCGGUUUAACCCAAUCGUUGCGGCUUUUUAGCCGUUUUAUCUCAUUCGUUCGGUCAACAUGAUCGUUGCGGCUUUUUAGCUGUUUUAUCUCAUUCGUUUGGUCAAUCCGAUUGUUACGAUUUUUUAGCUGUUUUAUCUCAUUUGUUCGGUCAAUCCGAUCGUUGCGGUUUCUUAGCCGUUUUCUCUCAUUUGUUCGGUUAAUCCGAUUGUUGCAGUUUUUUAACCAUUCUCUCUCAUUCGUUUGGUUAAUCCGAUCGUUGCAGUUUUCUAACCGUCUUCUCUCAUUCGUUCGGUCAAUCCGAUCGUUGCAGCUUUUUAGUCAUUUUAUCUCAUUUGUUCGGUGCUACAUGCAAAAAGAAAUUGGAAAAUUCAAGAAGAAGAAAGAAGGGAUUCAAUUGAAGAAAUUAAAAGUUGGAGGGGUGAAGUUCAUCAAAAUGAAUUUUACAAACCCAAAACCCAUCAAACCCAAACCAAGAUUACCCAAAAAACCCAAACCCAAAACCCGUUUAACCCUAACCCAAAAACAAAAAAAAAAAAAGAAGGUGUCUGGAACCUUCUCUUUCCCCAUCAAUUUGUUUUUUUUCCCGAACCAGCCCGUGCCCUGCACCUCGUGCCUCUGCCCCUGCACCUGCCCUGCACCAGAUCCCGGCCUUGCUCUGCAUCGAGCCCUGCGUCCUUGCCCUUGAUCCCUUGCUUGCUGUGCCUGCACGUUUCUGCUCCUGCACUCCGCGCCCAACGCCUGCACUUUCCCUUUUGCGCCCCUGCGCCCCUUACUGCACCGAGCCUGCACCCCGAUCACACCCAGAUUCCCUUGCUCUGCGCCCCCUGCUGCGUUGACCCUCCUGCUGCGCCUUUGUCCCUACAGCCAACCGAGCAUGAGACAAACCUGCACCAUGUCCUUGCCUUGCCUGCAGGAUGACAUCACGCUCCAGCUUUCUUGGCUGUUUCGCAGGGCUAGUUUUGGCCUCACCCGAUCAACGGUGGAAGGAAAAAGAAGAAAAAUUGAAGGGUUUGGAUGAGGAGAGAAGAAGGGAGUUAAGGUUUUGUUUGAUUGUGUAUAAAUAGGAAGAAUUGGUGAAUUGGAAGGGGGGGUUCUCUUUUGGUUGGGGGUUUCUCUUUUGGAGGGUUUUUCUUUUCGGAAGAGUUUUCUUGGUUGUUCUUUUUGGUCUGAGUUUGAGAUUGCCGGAGGUGAUAGCAAGAGAAAGGAGAUCAUCGGAGGAGAUUGUGCAUUUCCUUGGUUUUUGUUGUCUUAGGUAAACUUUCUGAUCAGAGGAAGUUUUGGGGAGGGUGGUGAAGGAAAGGUUGGAGCUUUAUCUCGUGGGUGGGAUCCCUCCCUCCGAUCCUGAUCUGUUUUCUCUCAAGACUUUCGCCAUGGUUGUUUUAAUUUCUUUGUGUUGAUGUACUGCAUUUGUAUUUGAGGUUGAUAUCGAGAAUGAAAUCAAGCAUUUUCCUUUUAAUUUCAUGGAUCUGAAAUCAAUUGGAUGUAUGUUUGUUUUUCUUUGUUUGUCUUGGUUGAACAGCUGAAUAGUAGCCUUAAGUUCCAUUUCGUUUCUUUCCAGUUUCCCUUUUUGUUUGACAUUUGAUCUUUUUUUUUUGGGGGCACAUUGAUUAAAUGUGUUGUUUGCUG